AUGGCAAUCCACAUCGGUUCUCGACCGAUUUGGCUCGCGCGGGCGGGACCGGGCUCCACCAAAGGCCAAAAUGGUAGCGAUCGGAACUCUACCCUUUCAGAUGAAGGUCAACGCUAUGCGAAGAACCUUGCUGCUUUUGUGCAGCAGCGCUCUCGCCGCUACUGGGCCUCCUCUGGAAACCCGCAGGAGCAGACGAAGGUGUUCACCAGUACAAUGCCUCGAGCUGUCGAAUCUGCUUUUCCCACCAGCGCCCUGCCCGAUAAGAGAUCUGCCCUGAACCCGAUCGACAAGGGUGUUGUGGGCGCUGGCUGGUGGGAUGUGGAGUGUCCAGACGACGUGCCUCCCUGGAGCGAGGUAGAGAAGCGCCAUCCAGACUUUAUGGAUCAGUGGCACAAGAACCCCUUGGUUUGUCAAUUCCCAGGUGGAGAAAGCUACCUGGACGUCAUCAUGCGCUUGGAGAGCGUUCUGAUCGACGUUGAAAUGUGCACAUCGCCGGUUCUGAUAGUGAGCCACAUCACGGUUCUUCAGCUGCUACUAGCGUACUUCAAAGGGGUACCUGUCGAAGAGGCGUGGAAGAUGUCUUUGCCAAAGUUCGGGGUGGUGGAGGUUAAUCCUACUUCCGGCGGCAGUUUCUUGUGUGAGGAGCACCUCUUGUCCUCGCAGCCAACAGGUGAUGGCACAUCCACUUCUCUGGAAAAGAGAUGUAGAGAUGACGCCAGUGAAAGUGCCAGCAUCAUGGCUGCGGAUGUCGCAGCAGAAGUGAAGCGACCUAAGGUCUCUGCUUAG